AUGAAAGAAGACGACGUUGAACACAGCCAUGCAGCCAGACGAACAAUCGCCCAUCAGAUAGACUCCUGGCACCGCAAAUGGCGGCUUGCCCACCCACUGAGCAGCGGUCCCCUCUACCAGUUGUUAGACCUGCACCUCGACCAUGCCGGUUUGCGCUAUUUGCCCCCUGGGGUGUUGGGAGCUCUCCCUUGUCUGCGAACACUUUGGCUCCGCGAAAACAAACUAAAAAGCCUCAAUGGAGGCCUUCUACGGUGCAGCUGUAUCACUGAAUUAAAAAUUGAUGGAAAUUACUUGACGUCGAUCCAAGGGGAGUUGAGGUCUCUGCACUGCUUGAGGGUGCUCACAGCUACGAGAAAUAAUAUCGAGAAUGUUAAAGAAUCACUUGAUGAACUUAGGCAAAUACACCGCCUGGAAGUUGUCGAUUUUCGUGAAAACCCAAUGACAAGCAAGGCUGGUUACGCUCUCACGGUGUGGAAAACGCUGCUCAGUCUCUCCGUCCUCGAUGGGCGAGGAAAGUUCCAAGAUUCCGCAUCCAUUGCAGCAGUUAAAUGCCGGAGAAUGUGUGAGGGGUUCGAAAGAAGGUGA